CCGUUCUCUGCUGUAUUGCUUUAGUUAAAUUCUUUCCAAUACAUUGGAGGAAUAUACAAGGUGGAGACUCAAACAACAGACACAUCGAGACAUGGCAGGAAAACAUCCAGAUCUGAAGAUCAUUCUUCUGGGAACAACUGGAUCAGGAAAGAGCGCAUCAGGAAACACCAUCCUGAACAGAGACGCGUUUACAGUGGGAAACUCUCUGGUGUCAGAAACAACAAGAUGUGAGAAACAAGAAGCAAUUGUUGAUGGACGAAGUAUAUCAGUUACUGACUGCCCCGGCCUGUUCGACUCUUCAGCCAGUCACAGAAACCUACAGACUUUAAUAAAUAAGUGUAUGGGUGUUUCUGCUCCUGGUCCUCGUGUGUUCCUGCUGGUUCUGAGACUGGGUGUGAAAUUCACAGAGGAGGAGAAAAAUGCAGUGAAAUGGAUUCAGGAGAACUUUGGAGAAGAUGCUGUGAAGUACACUAUUGUUCUGUUCACUCACGCUGAUACACUGAAGGGGAAACCUGUAGAGCUCUACAUCAGCAAAAGCAAAGAUCUACAGCAGCUAAUUCAGACAUGCUAUGGGAGAUAUCACUCAUUCAACAAUGAACACAGAAAUAAUCGAGAUCAGAUCACUGAACUGCUGAAAAAGAUCAAUGCAAUGAUGGAGGAAAAUGAAAUGAUGCAUUACACUCUUGAGAUGUUUAAAUCAACUCCGAUAAAGAGAGAGGGAAGAAUGGGAAAGAUUGCAUGUGCAGUUGCAGUACCAGGAAUUGGACUAGGAACAGCAAAAAUAGCACGUGUUGUUGCAACAGCAAUUGCAGGCAGAGCAGCAGGAGCAGUUGUAGAAAAAGCAAUAGUAGUUCCAGAAAGUGCAGUAGCAGCAGGAGAAGCUGUAGGAGAAGCUGUUGAAGCAGCUGUAGAAAAAGCAGUAGCUGCUAUAGUACAAGCAGUAGAAAUCGUGGGAGAAGCAGUUGCCAAACAAGUAGUAUCAGCUCUAGAAAAAGCAUUAGAAAUUGUAGGAGAAGCAAUUACAAAAAAAGGAGGAGAAGUUAUAGAAGAAGCAGUUGUAGAAAGUGCAGCUGGAACAGGAGUAGCAGCACAAGGAGCAGUUACAGGUCUGGUGGCAGCAGCAGCAUCAGCAGCAGCAAGAUCAGCAGCAGCUGCAGGGAAAGUGGCCUCAUCUGGAAGAGUAGCUGUAGUCGCUGCUGUAGCGGCAGCGUUUGGAGGAGCAGCUGUUACACUAAUAUCAGCACUGAGACUGUAA